AGUUUCAAUUCCUUUUUCCAAACCCCCUCUUUCACCUUCUCACACACAGAUAGAGAGGGAGAGUUUUCAAGAGAGAGAGAGAGAAAAUGUCGUCGGACUUGCAAUUGCCCCCGGGUUUCAGGUUCCACCCGACGGACGACGAGCUCGUCACGCACUACCUCUGCCGGAAAUGCGCGUCGCAGCCGAUUGCCGUCCCCAUCAUUACUGAGAUUGAUCUCUACAAGUAUGACCCUUGGGACCUUCCGGGUUUGGCCUUGUACGGGGAGAAGGAGUGGUACUUCUUUUCACCUAGGGACAGGAAAUACCCCAACGGUUCGAGGCCGAACCGUGCAGCGGGUAGGGGGUAUUGGAAGGCGACCGGGGCGGACAAGCCCAUCGGGGUUCCGAAGCCCGUCGGGAUUAAGAAGGCCCUGGUGUUUUACGCCGGAAAAGCACCCAAGGGAGAGAAAACCAAUUGGAUCAUGCACGAGUAUAGGCUGGCAGAUGUGGACCGAUCAGCCCGUAAGAAGAGCAACAAUUUGAGGCUUGAUGAUUGGGUCUUGUGCCGCAUAUACAACAAGAAAGGCAGUAUCGAGAAGCAGAACGCCGCCGCCGUCGGCCAGGGCCUGACCGGCUCGCCCGAAGCGUUCGAGCAGAAGCCGGUGAUCCAGCCCCACGGCGGCAGCGCGCUCCCGCCGGCGCCGCAGUCCGCGGCGGCGGGGAUGUUCAACGAGCUGGCGUACCUGGACACGUCGGACUCGGUGCCGAGGCUGCACACGGACUCGAGCUGCUCGGAGCACGUGUUGUCGCCGGAGUUCGCGUGCGAGCGCGAGGUCCAGAGCGAGCCGACGAAGAUGAUCGAGUGGGAGCGAGGGCUCGAUUUCCCCUUUAAUUACGUCGAUGCCACUAUGGACAGCACCUUCACCUCGCCGUUGCAGGACAUGUUCAUGUACCUCCAAAAGCCGUUUUGAUCAUGUUGGCCCCUUUCGGACUCCGGGUUGAUCGUGAGCUACACACCUAUAGUGGAGGGCUCACUAAAGGGUGCCUGGGUUCGUGAAAUUCGUGGGGUCGGAUUCUGAAGCGUCUAGGGACCGACGACACAUUGUUAAGUCGGUGCGUCGCGUUAUUGGAUAUGCCCGCCGCACGCGUCACAGGAGAUCUGGAAGGGUCUGUGAGGGUGCACGUGUGAGGGGCGUUUAGAUGGAUAGGAUAUGAAAAUUGUGGUUCCGGUGAUGGAAAGUGUUAGUACUAUGUAGAUGUCUCUGCCUAUGUUGGCAUACAACGUAGAUAGGACGCAGAUUAAUGUACAGAGCUUUUAGUUUUUUCGUUGGUGUAUACAAUGAUAUUUUGGGACGGGUUACCUGAAAUUUCAAUAGUGUUUGUUGGCAGUAACAAUGUAUAUAUAGUAAUGUAUUUCGGUGGUUUUUCAUAUUAGCAGGUUCGUUAUGCGAUUUGGGGUUUUGAA